GGGAGGUGGAAUGUCACUAUGAGAACCGCAUUGGAAACUGGCCACUUGUUUGUGCUGUUACUGUGAAGAGGAAUUCGCCGUUACUUCUUCAACUCGACCUCCGCCGCAUCUCCGACACGCCCAUUACAACGCGAUAACUACAACGGCAACCGUGACGCAGGUAUUCGACCUGCUCUUUUAUAUGUGCCGAUACGAGCUUCUGGGUCGUGGAUUAUUGUACUGGCAACGUCGAAAGUCAAAAGCAGAUAACAAUCUAUCACUGGAGGAAUCGGACAUAGAAUGCUCCACGAGAUCCUCCUCUCCCUCUCCGGCCAGCCGUCGCCCCUCUUCGCCCUCCAGGGUGAGGAGGAUACCGUCGCUCAAGAUGCUUUUCCGCUCCUGGCACCUCCCGAGAAAGCCCUCCUCGCAUCCCUCGCGCGACUGAGCCGAUUGCAUGCCCGACUGCGAAACCAUACUUCGAUAAUCUCAUCGUCUCACCCAUCUGUCAUCUGUCGAGCCGUGUCGACCGCGAUCGUUACGGAACAUCUGGGUGGACUUCAAAAGAAAAUACUCGAGGUGGAGAAGGCGGUUUUGGUGGAGGAUAGCGGAUAUGUCGGUGGAUAUGGUAUCGUGCCGUUAUCGACAAUUGUGGGCGAAUUUGCUCCAUGGACUCGACGACUAGAAUGGCUAUGGGAGGUAGCUCGAUUCAUCUAUCCGGAGCACAAGAAAUCCUAUCGAGGCUGCACAGGCGCUGCGCUGAUCGAUCACCUUCGAGCGGAAUCACAAACUGGGUAUGCUGACUUGGAAGAGAUGGCGUUGCAAUUGGUUACGGCAGCAGAAAGGGCAUGGAUGAGGCAGUUGUCGAUGUGGCUAUUGCAUGGGACUCUGCCGACAUUUGGCAAGGACGACUUUUUCAUUCAGGAGGAUGACGCCAGCGAAGGUGAUGAUUCUGGCGUAACGCAAUUCGCAAUGCAUACGGACCGACUACCGAAAUUUGUCUCUGCCAGCACAGCAUCAUCCAUCUUGUUUAUUGGAAAGUCUUUGAAUCAUAUCAGGGCGAAGCGCAAAGCGUCUUCAACGGGCACGUCUACAAGCCUACUAACAUCUCCCGUUACUCUGCAUGCGAAGCACAUCGAGAGUCUUGCGGCGUUAGAGUCGCCCAUGUCGAGUUCGAAGCUAUCCAACGCCGUAAAUGCUAUACGACUGGCAUUAUCGCAGAGUACACUUUCCAAGCUACUUCCGCUACCAAAAAUCCUCGAGAUGCUAUCUGUCCUUCAUAAUUUUAUGCUGUUACAACGCGGCGAGUUUGUAACUGCUCUCGUGGCGCUUGCAGACGCUCGCACAAGUGAGCGGCAUCGGAGAGGGAAAGCGCUUGGAGGACUAGUUGGGCUCAAGCCAGGAGAUUUGGCGAACACUCUUGCCAAGGCGUGGACAGAGCUUUACGCUUUACAAAACGCGGAAGAUUCGGGUGAUGAUGAACUUGAUCUUGCCCGAGACCUAUUGCAAUUAUCUAUUGACGAUCAGAAGAAGACCGGUCACUCACAGGACACAGCUGGACAUGGCCUUGCUGAUGAGAUCUCAAGUGUCUCCUUCUCUGACCUGCUUUUCCCUACCCCCACAUUCCUAUCCAUCCAAGUACGGCCACCAAUGGAUCUGUUCCUAUCGACAACCGACAUUUCCGUCUAUUCAAAAAUCCACUCCUACCUUCUUGGGAUACGCCGCGCCCAAUUACGCCUCAGUGAUCUUUGGAAACACACAUCCCUCCGAAGAAGCCAUCCGUCCCCGUGGGGGCCUCCCCGAAGUAGUACCCGUGCCGGUCAAAACCGACUGAAGAGGGGUAGAGACCGAGACAACGCGCGAAUAGUUCAAAUGAGACCGGUUUGGGCCACGACCAGUGCGGCCCUUUAUGUACUGUCCGAGAUCGGGAGCUUCUUCCAAGGAGAAGUGGUCAAUUGUUCCUGGCAGCAUUUCCGUGAAUGGAUUGAGGGAGGUCCUUCUCACGCGGGGUCAAGGGCAAGUUCCAGACCGGGUACGGCAUCAUCGUCGAAGCAAAAGGAAGUGACCAGCUUCACACGUACGCAUACGGCUUCCGUGGAUGAUUCAAGUCAGUCCACACAAUAUGAUACACCCGCCCACGAUCCAGAAACCUUGACAGUUGCACACCGUCGACAUCUUUACUCUCUCGUUCAGUCAUUGUUCCUGACCGAUAUACCAUUCACAACUGCUCUUCGUUCUCUUCUCACGAUCGUUGACCGCUUCCUCGCCCUUGUAGUCCGACUGGAAAGUAUCCAGCGCAACAUGGAUUUGGAAACUGACGAAGGUGUCGUCGACGGCAUGGCAGACUACGCCAGCGAAGAGCGCGAAGUCCUACGGGAACUUAAUGGCACACAGAAAGAAGUCAAAGCGGGAAUCCAGAACGUUGUAGCGCGGUUAAGAGAUAUUGACGACAGCCGGUCUGGAGAGGGACGACGGAUGUUCGACCUCGCGAGAAAUCCCAAUCAGAACUGGUCGUUGACGCUGAAUGCUAACAAUGGCCUUGGGAGUACGGAGUUGCCGAAUGCCAACCAUUAUGUACCGCGCAAAGCAGCUGGCGUGGAUCAGUUGCUGAUGAAGCUGGAUUUUGGCAAUGUCAAUGACGACGGAGCUUGAUACUGCAAAAGAACUUGAGUCUGGCGGCUUUUUGCUCAUUGCACUGCCCUCUUUGUUAUUCGAGGGCCUCUUUCAUGAAAUCCACGAAACCGGAUACACCACGGGUUAUGAAUAUCAUGUAAUGUUUACUUUCAAAAUAAAUUGUAUGUCUAGUCAAGGCAUCUGCAAG